CACCGGUGACGCUGAUGAAGGCACUUCCUGAUACACCUGGUCAGGUCAACACAAACACUUUAUACCGGAAUAACCUGCUGCUGACUGUCUCUACAUGAAACCUUCGCCAGCAGCACGAGAAGAGACACAACUGACAUCUUUACUGUUUAAAAGCAGCCACUGUGAUGACUGACAGUAUGAAGACUCAGCUGGUGAGUGCCAUCCACCUGCAGGAGGUGGAGCUGCAGGCGAAACCUGCAGACAAGCAGCAGGGCAGCGAGAACAACAACAAUGCAGGCGACGAGACGUUCACUGUCGAGGAAGCCGUUGAAACAAUCGGCUUCGGCCGGUUUCACAUCCUGCUGUUCGUCAUCAUGGGGAGCUCCAAUAUCGUGGAGGCGAUGGAGAUCAUGCUGUUAGCUGUAGUUUCUCCUGAGAUUCGAUGCGAGUGGCGUCUGGACGACUGGCAGGUCGCUCUCGUCUCCACAAUGGUGUUUCUUGGUUUCAUGGUUUGUGGAAUAUUGGGAGGAUACAUCGCGGACAGAUACGGACGCUGGAAGGUGGUGUUUGGAGGUUUUGUGUGGAGCGCCUACUUCUCUCUGCUCACCUCGUUCGCUCCUUCGUACGGUUGGUUCAUCUUCCUGCGCAGCAUGGUGGGCUGCGGGGUGGCGGGGGUGUCGCAGGGGUUUGUGUUGAAGACCGAGUUCAUCCCGGCGAAGUAUCGAGCGUUCCUGCUGCCUCUGGCUACUAUCUUCUGGAUGAUUGGCUCCAUGCUGAUCAUCAUACUGGGGAUGGUGGUGGUUCCCUCUCUGGGCUGGAGGUGGAUGAUCCGGAUCUCCGUCACCCCCAGUGUCUUCCUCAUCUUCCUCUUCAAGUUUAUUCCUGAGUCGGCUCGUUACAACGUGUCAGCAGGAAAUAUUCAGGCUGCUGUUGAAACUCUGGAAAAGAUCGCUAAAAUGAACCGAGCUUCUCUUCCUCCAGGACGACUGGUGGAGCCAGCUGUGAAAGAGAGAGGCAGUUGGAGGAUUCUGCUCAGUUCGUCAUUCAGGAGGACGUCUUUACUGCUCUGGUAUUCAUGGUUUGUGGCGUCCUUCGCGUACUAUGGCUCAGUGCUGAGCAGUUCGGAGCUGUUGGAGAAGAACUUGUUGUGUGUGACGGACGCAGAUCAAGAGCAUCAGGUCAAACACCGCCAUGAGGAGGGACUGUGUUACUGCAUCCCCUUCGCAUUCAACGACUACCAGACACUGCUCAUCAGCUGCCUGGGAGAGGUCGCACUGGUACCAGUAAACAUUUGUAUGCUGAACGUGUUGGGACGGAAGAUGAGUCUGACGGUGCUGCAGCUGGUGGCGGCCCUUUUGUUCAUGUUGCUCAACAUCUGCACCACCAUGUUUGGGUUCACAGUGUUGCUGUUCCUGCUCCGGUCUCUGGUCUCCAUGAACUUUAAUGUGGUUUAUAUUUACACUGCUGAGGUGUAUCCCACUGCAGCUCGGUCUCUGGGAAUGGGCUUCUGUACGUCUUUCAGUCGUAUUGGAGGAAUGAUCGCUCCAUUCAUCGCUCAGGUGUUGAUGUCUCAGUCGGUGAUUCAGGCUCUCAGUCCAUUCGCUGUGGCCUGUGUGAUCUGCGCUCUAGGAAACUUUCUGCUGCCUAUAGAAACUAAAGGACGAGCUCUGCUGCAAAGCUCCUGAUGACUUCUCCAAACAAACUGUUGUUUUAUCAUUGUUACAUCUGUAAUGUAAAGAUAUUAAAUAUGUUACUGAUAUCAGCUGUUCCUGUUCCUUCAUUAACAUUGUGAAGUGAAUGAAUUAAUAAAAGAAAGCUAGUUAA